AGCGCAGCGCAGCCGGUCGCAGCGAAUAGAUCCGUUAAAGCGCAAGAUUUGAAGAACAUUUGGGGUCAUAAGCAAGUCAACUUCUUUUGGUUUAGAGUCACUGCUACUUGAAUUGAGCAAUGUCUGGAAGUGUCCGCCAAGGAAGUUUGACCACCAGAGGGAGUUUCCGACUGAGCCCAAAUGAAGAAGCAGCGAUAUUGAAAGAGGAGAGAGACAGAAGAAGAAAACUUAGACUGAAGCAGGUACGUGAACAAGACAGGCUGUUUGCCAAGCAACUCCUCGUUAGGACCAAAGCAAAGAAGGAGGCAGAGGUGAAAGCUUUAUCUCUCAAGUUAGAAGCAGAAUGGAAGGCCGUGCAGACAGAGAAACAGGAGGCUUUGAAGGAGAUCUAUCAGCAGUGCCUGUCUAAGGUUGGAGAUGGACAUAGAGAGGCAAAAAAACAGAAACCAAUGGAUGAGGAAAGAGCAGCUGCUGCCCUAAAGAAUGCGAAGGCAGCAAAACAACGACAUCAGGCAGCCAUCUUGAAAGAAAGCGAAGAGAAGAAUGAGAAGUGGCAAAAAGAAAACGCCCAUAUCAUAUCAAGAAAGAAUGCAUUAGAAGUUGAAAAAGUAAGAGCAUCCCACAUUGCCAACCUACCCCCACCUAAGAGAGAUCCACUGGCCGAUCUUGAUCUUCAGAAACCUCCUGUAAUGGUGACACGUGUGGAAGGGUUCUCUACAACUCAUUAUCAUAUCCCAGGAGAAUACGUAGAAAGAGCUGAACCUCAUGAACAGGGCAAUGCAAAAUUAGCAGCUAAGGAAGAAGAUGAGAGAUUGAAAGAAGAGACAGAGAAACUCCAGGCGGAGCUACGAGAGAGGCAGGAGAAAGCUGUCUUGAGACACAAGCAUGCAAAGGAGAAAGAGCUUUUAAAACAAGAUUAUGAGAGACUCCUGCUGGAGCUUAGUGAUCUCCAGAAUGCAGAUAGACGAAGGAGACAAGCUGUGGUUGCUGAUAUUCCUCGCCAGGUAUUUCAACCCCCUCACCGGAGACUAGAAGAUAAGGCUGAGAAACAGCAUCAGUUAGAAGAAGCCUUUGAAGACAUGUACAUGAAACACACAGACUAUGCUGGUGAUAUCACACUAGCCCUGGAACCCAAAGUCCCAGGCCAAGACACGGACUUGGACCUGACAACUGAGACUACAGAGAACGUGGAGGAUCAGGAGUCAGAGAUCACCUUAGAGAGACCAAACCUUCCGCAAGAAGACCAGGUCUUUACACAGUACCCGACUGGAGGGGCCAAGGCCACACUGAGACAGAGGCCAGAUGAUACGUCUUUACGGCAAAAAGCUGUUUCUUCAAGAGCAGAGAUGCUGAAAAAGCUGAUGGGUAGGGUCAGAGGUCAACAGGAUGACUGGAAGAAACAGCAAACUAAACUUCAAACUCCAGUGGCCUCAUGUCAUUCUAGGGUCAUACCAGAAUUACAAGAGGAGGAUGAAGAAAUCACUACCUCUCCGGAGUCUGGAGAAACUGAGAGUCAGAUGACCACUGAGACCACACCCACCCAGGCCUUGACCACACCUACUCAGCCCUUGACCACACCCACUGAGCUAUCUGAACAUCUCAUUGAGAGUGGGGAGACCGGUAGCACUAUCUCUAGCAUUCCUAGAUCCCUUGAGACAGGGACACUGUCUGAAGUAUCCUCUGAAACAGGAUCUACCCUCCUUCAUCCAAUGGAACGUGCCGCUAGGCUUAGGAGUGAACGGAUUGCUCAUCAAGCAAGGACUCAGGAAGAUAUCAGAGCCAUUGGCGAGGAGCAACAGAAGAGACUUGAUGAUCUGAAGCACACUGUACAGAUACCUUGGGACAACUCUGGACCAUUUAACUUUCCUUCGAUGCCACUUGAACAAAAUCAACAACUAGCAGUCCCACAUGAGCAAUGGCACAAUCAGAUGGCGAACACAGAUCAAGGGCCACAGUUAGGAGAGGGUUUCGUCGUUGACAGAAUGCAACAUGUUACGGAGGCAAAUUUUGUUCCUGGUGUACUUGUGCAUCCCACUCCUGACACUAUACCAACCAAACUUGCACAUAGUGGUGCACCUGCAGGUAAUCUGCCACAGACUUCUGCAAGGCACUUGUUGACAGAGAGGAAAAUGGACUCUGUUCAAACUCAUGAAGCAAUAGAGUUACAAUACGAAACACAGGGGGACAAACCUGCAGAACAUCAACUGUUUAGUGAUCAAAUUGGGAGGGGCCAGCUUCCUGUUGAUGAUACUGAUGGCAUGCUUCUCAUGCAACAUAGACCAAAGGUUGCAGAAGAGAGAAUGGCAGUCCAGAAUUCAUCUUCUGAGAGUUAUGUCAGUUCUGAUCAGUCCAUUGAUCGCCAACUACUAGAUGAAGUAGUUCAUGUCUCAGGUACUAUCCCUGAAGAAGAAUCUGCAAUAGACUGGCUCCAGAGAGCAAGAGAAUACCAACAGAGACUACUAGAAAGGCAGAAAGAAAGCCAAGACUCGCUGCUUCAUGCCCAGAUGAAGCUGCAUGAGCGUAGGGAGAGACUAAUACAGAAUUACCCAGAUGUUAAACUUCCAGACUACGUGCCUUACACCUUUCAAAAUGAAAUUAGCGAAACAGACUGGCUACCUACUGGCCAUUUCACAGAAACUUUGACACCUUCAGUUGGAGAACACCAAGACACAAGGACACUUAAUAGAGACGGUGCAGAAAACAGGUAUGAUACAGGAGUCAUUAUUCAACCUAGUAAUAGGAGAGGCCAACAGACACUAUCUGCUCAUGAGUCUCCAUUCAUGAGCUCUGAAGAAGGUGCAAGUCAUAGAGCUAAUGAUCAUCAAGUGGGUUAUGGAAAAACUAUUCAACAUAUGGAAAGCAGAAUGGAGUCUCCUUCAAAAAGGAGAUUAGACUUUAAUCAGGAACCUGACCAAUAUACCGAAGGCUCUCAGUUUGCUCCAAUGACCGGGGAAGCUGUUUCUCAGACUUCUGCUGAAGAAAGUGAGAACCUUGGUAUUGUGAGGAAAAGUGGCUUGGAGGAUAUCAAUAUGUCUUAUGUGCACGAUACCUCUGAACAGAGAAAAGACACCAGAAGAGAGACUGAAGCUGACAGGGCCCUUAGAAUUCGUCAUCAGCAAUUGUUGGAGGAGAAGAGAAUCAUUGAAGAGAGACAGUAUGCUCAGCAAUUGAGGCUACUACAGAAGCAGAAAGAACUUGCAGAUCAGAUUGAACAACAGCAGAGGAGAUACCAGGAAAGAAUGAAAGCAGCCAAGGUUAGUCCUCCUUCAAAAGGACCACCUCUGAAGCAUUCGCCAUCCAUUCCACAGGGUAUUCUUAGAAAGAGUGGUGUUGGAUCUCAUGCUCCUGAGUCCAGCUCAGGACAGUUCCAAUCACCAUCUGGAGUUGAAUUUGAAGGGCCUGGGAGUCAACAGAUUGAUAUGAGAAGAAUGCUACAGGGUCAGGUUUUCAAACCUCAAGAUCUCCUGCAUCACCUUCAAGCAUCACAGAGCUUUGGAGAUUCAGAACCAGAGGACGAGUCUGAUGUUAGCCAUCAAUCUUCUUCAAGAACAUCUGGAGGUACCAUGGAACGUGAUAACAUGAUGAUGGGUGUGCUAAAACCACAUGAAUUGCUCCCCCACCUCCAGACCCACUUCACAGAUUCUGAUGGUUCACUACAAGAUAAUGGCUCAUCAUCCUCUUCCGGUCUUCAAGAACAAUCUUUAAGAGGAACAGAUUCCGUUGGACAAGAUAUUCAAUCAUUCAAUCAAGGCCAUUCGCACGCUGAAUAUAUGCAAUCUUCUGUUUUGAGUGAGGGUACUCUUGAUAAGGACUCAACAGCAUCACCCAGCCUGCAGCAUACUGGGUCUGUGGGUGGUAACCUCUUUGGACAAGUGUUUAGGCCUGCAGAUCUUAUGGCAGAACUAAGUGCCAUAAACCAACAAGUUGGAGGACAGGACUCAUUUGAAGGCUCUACUGACUUCACACAGUCAAAGUCCAGGGAAUGGAGACCAACAAUUCAAAGUGGUACAUUGAGUGCAUCAGAAGAGUUUGAUACAAGGUCUGGACCGUAUCAGCUUUCAGGAUCCUUCCAUGGUCAAACUACUGUAGUUUUGCAAUCUACAGGAGUCUUCGAUGACAGUUCACAAGAAACCAGUGAGUUUAUUGGUGCUAGAAAAGGUCCAAAGGGAGUCUACAGGGAACUUCUGCAAGGUCAUGUAUUUAGACCAGAUGAUCUACUCCCUCAUCUACAGAACCCUUCUUUACAAAGUCUAGAUGGAUCAUCACUGCCAGAACCUCAUUUAUCAUCCACUUUUCAACAUGCUGACACUCAUGAAUAUGUGCAGCGGCCUGAAGGAGAUGGAAGUGGCAGUGAACAACUGCCACAAACCUUUGGACAGUUGAGCCUGACCUAUGAUGAUGACACAAUUCAUGCUGCCUCUCCAGAUCUUGAUGAUAGAGUUCCUAUCCAGUAUGACCAGCCUCCAGUUCCUAUGUUCUUACCUAUGGCUGUGGGAACGCAUCCUGCUCAAGGUUUGCAAGUAACGAGAUCAAGACGCCCUCCUCCUGCCAAUCUUCACCAGGUAGCCAUGCUCCCUGAAAACAUGGGACCUCAUGAACUGAGCACUAUUAUAGAAAUGGAGACAUCCGCAGAUGAGAGAAUGCAUAUGCUUGGAGUAAGUGUAACUCCUCGGAAUGUGGUAUCUAGAUCAGAUGAAAAAGCACCCCAUCCCAAUUAUCUGUCUGGAACGGAAGGUAACCUUGGAGAGAGGUUGCCCACAUUUGGUGGUCCUGCAACAGUUGGAGAAAGCUCGCAGGCAAGUCAGGAGAUUGUCAUGGACAGAAGUGACAUUGAGAGGUCACAAAAUAUACAACCAGUGAUGCAGACUCCAAAUCGAAGCAGGCGUGAUGCUGCUGGCUCUGUCAUUCAGAUUUCACAACCAUUUGUGGCAGGCAUGGAAAAUGAACUUUUUAUUACUCCUGAAACAAGGAUACCUCACUUGACAUCAGAUUUGCAAGCAAUAGAUGUGAGUGUAACUGCUACUACUCUCUCAGAACACACCCUAGAGGAUGAAAGUAUUGCAGAUGCCAGUGCUGUUGAUCAACAUAGUGACAGACAACGAAGAACCUUGACAGGGGAACUGCAUGGAUCAUAUGGUACAGAUUUAAAUGUAAGAUUCCUGGGUGUGCAUAGAGGUGAACCGGCGGGACAAAGCAUGCGAUGGAAGGACUUGUUGAAAUCAUCUGAUGAAUCAGCAGCAUCAAGUAGUAGUGAUGGAUUAGGUAGAGGUGGAAUGGAUACUCUCCAACAGUCAGUUCCUGUAGGUGAAGACACUAAUGAAUUUUUACCCAUGCUGGAAUUAGAGAAUACCACAAUGGCAACUCAAGAUUCCAUUCAUGAUCACUCCAGUGAAGCCAAAGAUGGCAUUGGUUUUCAAUCUCAUGCUGAAAGUGAACUGGGAAACAUUCAGAUGCAGAAGCAUCUAGCUGCUGGCCUGAAUCUAGCUUCCAGUUCCAGUUCCAAUGGUCAGAACAAUGGGUCCACUCCAAGGCUGCCAUCACAGGAGGAGUUCACUCCAUCCAGUAGUUCCAAACUUAGCACCGUCAUAGGCGCAUCAAUGGGAGAGGAUUCAUCCGGUCAACCAAGUGAUGACAAUGACUCACCUUUGUUUAUUCCAAAAUCAUCUCAGCACCUCGAGCAGUUUCAUUUUCAUGGUCUAGGUACCCAAAGGAGUGCUCAUACAGAAAGAAAGGAACAAGUAAUCAUUGAUACCCAUAAUGAUAGAGUUUUACACUCACAGGAAUCAGUGGAAUCUAGUAGAUCAACCUCACCAGGCCAGAUGCAAUCUGAACCCUCCUCUGAACUCCUGAGACCAUAUGAGACCAAAGAUCAUUCAGCUGUAGGCUCGAGACAGGGAUCCCUUAGAGAUCAAGAUGUAAGAACAGCUGCUUCACAGGAAGACUAUAUUAAAGAUUUGCUAGCUUCUUUGCCGCAUGGGAGACAGAGAGGUAUAACAAUGCCCCUUUUCUCUGAUGUCUCACUGAGUGGUUACAGCAUGUCACAAGAUGGCUCAGUCUCAGAGAUGAGGUCACCAAUCAAAGGCAGGGAUAUUACAUCACUUCAGCCAAAUCUGGGGACCAGUGCUCAGGAUCAGGCCUACCGGCAGCUAACCGUAGCUGGAGCAUCUUUCCCUGAAGACCAGACCUUCCCUUCUCUAGAUGACAUUCAGAUGGAGACGGGGAUCCUGGAGGAACCGGAGCUUACCUUUGCUUCAUCCCUGAACACCACUGCUGACUCAAUUCUCCAGGCUUCUAGGACAGCAGCUCCAGCUGGUUUGGAGCCUCAAGAGUGUCAGGAACCUUCGACACUGGACUUAUCACAAUCAUCACAAGCAAGUGUCUCAAGGUCUCUACUGUCCUUCCAGCAGCAUGAACAUGAACUUCUUGAAUCUAGUCCUCUAGCAUCAUCCAGGUUCACCAGGUCAGAAGGUCAUCUCAAGGUCACACAUAGUCUGACCAGCACCACUCAUGUGAGGGUGACCCAUUCUGAAGGUCAAGUGAAGGGCAUCCACCAGUCAACCAGCCAGCAGGCAAGAGUGAAAGAAUCGGCAGGUGAAUUUGCUGUCACUCAGCAGUCGGACAGUGAUGGGUCGAUUUCAUUAGGGGAGCGAUCUGGAAGUCAUGACAGGCACUCUGGUGAAGCAGCCUCUGGGUCUGGGCCAGUCUCACUCCAAGAGGCUUUCCAGCAGCGUAAGAAAGCUUUCAUCCAAUCAUCAGAAUUCCGUAAGAAAGAAAUCAAAGAUCAUGCUCUUAAUAGGAGCCAAGAAUCCACUGCCUUUGCCAAGACGAUACAGGACUGGAAGAGGUCAAAGGUCAAAGAACAGAAGAAGCAUGCUACAGUGAAGAAAGCAAUAAAGAGCAAAACUGACCAGUCAUCCACUGCCAGUAGCUUGAGCUCAACAUUGAAGACAAGAACAGACAGAAAUACAGUACAGAAAGAAAUGAAAGAAAGGAGUCUCAGGCUUUACAACCAACUUGAAGAGGUUAAGAAGCAGAAAGCUGAGAAGGAACGUCAAGAUUCUUAUGCUGCCAAUAGAGAGAAGAAGAAAGAAUAUGAGCAGAAACUGCAAGCCAAACGACUGAAGCGGACUUCUUCUCUUGAGAAAACAAAGAAGGACAAAUGAGAUGCACAGCUAUUUCUUGUCUUGUAAAAGUGUACAAUGUUAAACUGUAGAUGCAUUGUUAUGAUUCAUCAAGGAUUAUAAUUCAGCACCAUCAUCAAUAUCAUCAUCAUCAUCAUCAUCCUUAUCAACAUCAUUAUCAUAAUCAUCUUCAUCCUCCUCCUUAUUACCAGCGUCAUCACUAUCAACAACAUCAUCCUUGUCAUCAUCUUCAUCAUCACAAGCGUCAUCCUCAUCAUUAUCACCGUCAUCAUCACCAGCGUCAUUAUCAUCCUCAUCAUCACCAUCAUCACCAUUAUCAUCAUCACCAUCAUAAUCAUCAUUAUCAAUACUUACACUCCAAUGCUCCAUCAUCAGUGUCACCAACGUUACAAUUUCUACCACCACAAAUCAAAACAGCACAAAUUAUAUGGGCUAUAUUUAGAUUUAUUUUAUUACAAACUUUGCAAUGAGAUAUCAAUAAAUGUAAUAAUGUAGAAAUAUUAAAAAGUCAAGAUCUCAUCAAUGAAGUUUUUUGCUCCCCACCUUGAAAAGUCUAUUGCACUUUGACUUUAUAGGUUUGACAACGAGUAUCUACAGUGCGUAUAAAAAAAACGGGACAGUUUUGAAAAGUCUAUACAAAAUUUGUUUCAAAUUAUAAUAUCUAUAUUUUGAUGUUAAUAGAUGCUCUGAAAUUUUAUCUAUAAUAAUAAAUAAAUAAAUUUUGUUCAAGCUUGAGCGAACACGGGACGUUUUUGUCGGGGGUUCAAAAAGAGGCCUGCGCCAGAAUGGCAGAAUUUGAUGAUCAGACUUCUUGCUAAUCAGCAGACUUCCUCUUAACCUUUUCGUUAUCUGUGCCAUAAUUUUUGAAUUAUGCUGUCAAAUUUUAUUUACAAAUUUAUUUAUUUAUUUACUUGAAUUAUUUUGUGGUUUUUUCAAUUAAAUCUCUUUUACCUUUGAAUUUUCCCUCAUAAGGAAGAAAAGAAGACUUUUUGUCAACCCAAGCGAGAAGAUUUGUAUCAUUAAUUGGGAAAACUUGUAAUUAUUCAAAUCCUUUUAUUAUGUAAAACAAAUAAUGUUAUGGUACCUUUAAAAGACAUGAAUCCAUUUUUCAAGGGGUUAUUGAUUCCUUGACCAAGUUCAAUUAUAUGCUUGACAGGACAAACAAGAAAGGAUUCAUGUCUUUCAAUGGCAAUGGUGUAUUGAGUCAAUUUUGAAGGAGCUAGAUAUGGCAGAUCUGGAAAAAUGUAAUAUAAAGUUGUGAGCGAGCGGGGGGGGGGGGGGGGGGAACAUCCCCAAACCCUGCCCAUCUGUAUGACAAAAGGCACCAUAACCUUUGUAGCGCACAAUGAAAGGAUUUGAAAAAAAAUACAAGCUCUCCCAUACUUCGGUUGAAAAAAAAAUGUUUUUGCUUGAAGAAGGAAUAUUCAAAGCUAAAAGAGAACAUAUUAAAAAGAAACAACAACAGAACAAUUCAAGCAAACAAAUAGAUUUGAAAAUGAAUUUUGACGGCAUAAUUUGAAAAUUAUUGCAAAGAUAAUGAAAAGGUUAAGAGGAAGUCUGCUGAUUAGCAAAAAGUCCGAUCAUCAUAUUUAUCAUUUUAUGACAUUCUGGCGCAAGCCUCCUUUUUAACCCUAUACAAAAACAUUCUGUGUUCGGUCAAGCAUGAACAAAACUAAUUUUUUUUAAAUGACAUUUGAAAGAUAAGACUUCAGAACACCUAUUAACACCAAAAUAUAGACAUAAUUUGAAACAAAAAUUUUAUAGACUUUUCAAAUCUGUCCCGUUUUUUUUUAUACGCACUGUAGAGGCUAUGUUUCAUAAUGGACCAAGGUCCAUGGUUUUAUAGACAACAUUGAAAGAGUUAUUGGCCCGUAUUCUGAAAACUGAUUAAUUUCAACUAUGGUCUACCAUCGUAUUUUAACUAUUAAUAGUCCAUUGUGAUAGAAUGCUCUCACAGUAAUUAAUUCAUUAUUAUCGUGUGAAAAACAUAUAAUAAAUAUGUGACAUGCGAGAGUCAAAAUUUAAAUGAACUCAGAGUUUAAUUAUUCUUCUUCAGUAAUCUUCAAAGGGCUUUGCAGCUUAGUCUCGUAGAUGAGAUAGAUUGUUGAUAAAUAAGAUAAUCACACAUAUCUUGUAAUAUCAGGAUGGACAUUUCAAUUACAUAGUUCCACUGUAAAUAAACCUCCACUGAAAUUUUGAUAUUCCUAAUAUAUGUGGCAAUAUUUUCAAUAAUUGAUCAUAAACUUUCUCUUUUUUUCUUUGUGUAAACAAUAUGUAUAAAAGAAUACUUCUGAUAAGGUAAUUUAACAAUUUUUAAGAGACACAUGUAUAUAUUGAGCUUCCACUGUAUACAUUUCUAUAAGUUUACAGAAAGUAAUUACAAAUCAUCCAUGUGCCUCUCUUCAUAAUAGCUUCCCAUUUCACUGCCAAAUCAGAGAUCUCUCCUAUAAUUUACUUGACAAACCAAUGUCAGCGAUAGUGACAAUUACAUUUGCAGUUGAAUGUUAUCCAGCUUCAUGUUUCUUUAAGUUGCAAAUACAUGUACAUAUCUGAAUAAAUAAUAUCUAUAUGGAUUGUUGAGUUGUUUGUUGUAAUAUACAUGUACAUAUCCUGCUUAUGUACAGUUUAUGUAAAAUUCAACACCUUGAAUUUGAAUGCAAUUGGUCCUAGUUGCACUACUGUUUUGAAAUAAAGAAUACAAACAUUAA